GUGAAUCAGAUACUGAUAUUAUAUUUUGUAUAUGUCCCUCUGCAGUGAUGGCUAACAUAUUUAUAAAUAAGAGUAUCCAGUUUCUUCUGUUCCAUACUCUGAUGAAACUGACUGAUGAGGAUUUUGAGUGGUUUAAAAAGAAAUUAAGGACAGUGACAUUUAAUGAGAAGAUGGCUAUCCCACCUGAGCAGCUGAAGGAGGCACAUUGUUAUGAUACAGCAGCCUGUUUAAUACAGAGUUAUGGAGAGAAGGAGGCUCUGAUGGUGACAUCACAAGUUUUAUAUGAGGCUGACCUGAAGGAAACUGCAGUGGAACUGAUGGAAGAAACAGAUUCAUUGAUGUCUAAAAUAUUUAGAAAUAAGAGUAUCCAGUUUCUUCUGUUCCGUACUCUGAUGAAACUGACUGAUGAGCAUUUUGAGUGGUUUAAAAAGAAGUUAAGGACAGUGACAUUUAAUGAGAAGAUGGCUAUCCCACCUGAGCAGCUGAAGGAGGCACAUUGUUAUGAUACAGCAGCCUUUAUAAUACAGAGCUAUGGAGAGAAGAAGGCUCUGAUGGUGACAUCACAAGUUUUAUAUGGCCUGAAGGGAAGUGCAGUGAGACUGAUGGAACAAACCGAUUCAAAUCUAUUUACAGAUGUGAAUAGAAGACAACAGUUUAUUUUGUUCCGUGCUCUAAUAAACCUGAGUGAUGGGGAUCUCAAGCGAUUUAAAGACAAGUUAAUGACAUUUAGAGGGAAGACGGCUAUCCCACCUGAGCAGCUGAAGGAGGCAGAUUGUUAUGAUACAGCAGCCUGUUUAAUACAGAGUUAUGGAAAGGGGGAUGUUCUGAUGGUGACGAUACAGGUUUUAUAUGAGGUCAACCUGAAGGGAGCUGCAGAGAGACUGAUGAAACACAUUGAUUCAUAUGAGAAGAGAAGAAAAUUUAUUCUGUUCCGUACUCUGAUAAACCUGAGUGAUGAGGAUCUCAAGCGAUUUAAAGACAAGUUAGUGACAAUGACGUUUAGAGGGAAGGUGGCUAUCCCACAUAAGCAGCUGAAGGAGGCACAUUGUUAUGAUACAAUAACCUGUUUAAUACAGAGUUAUGGAGAGGAGAAUGCUCUGAUGGUGACAAUACAGGUUUUAUAUGAGGCCAACAUGAAGUACACUGCAGAGAAACUGAUGGAAGAAACAGAUUCAGGGCUGUCUAAAUUAAUUCUAGAUAAGAGUUUCUGCUUUCUUCUUUUCCGUACUCUGAUAAAGCUGAGUGAUGAGGAUCUCAAGCGAUUUAAAGACAAGUUAGUGACAGUGACAUUUAGAGGGAAGGCGGCUAUCUCACCUGAACAGCUGGAGGAGGCACAUUGUUAUGAUACAGCAGCCUGUUUAAUACAGAGUUAUGGAGAGAAGGAGGCUCUGAUGGUGACAAUACAGGUUUUAUAUGAGGCCAACCUGAAGGAAACUACAGUGAGACUGAUGGAAGAAACAGAGUAUAUGUAUACAGGUUUCCUGAGAAUACAAUUUCUUCUGUUCCGUACUCUGAUAAACCUGAGUGAUGGGGAUCUCAAGCGAUUUAAAGACAAGUUAAUGACAGUGACAUUUAAUGAGAAGAUGGCUAUCCCACCUGAGCAGCUGCAGAAUGCAAAUUGUUAUGAUACAGCAGCCUGUUUAAUACAGAGUUAUGGAGAUGAGGAGGCUCUGAUGGUGACAUCACAGGUUUUAUAUGAGGCCAACCUGAAGGACACUGCAGAGAAACUGCUGAAACAAUCAGAUUCAUGUUUGUCAUUAAAGGGCAACUGUAAGAAAAUAUACUGA